CUAUGCACCCACAAUGCUCUUCCAGUCCCAUGUCUGUACAGCCAGACUCCUGCAGCAUACUUAUUGAAAAUGACACUUUAUAUAUACCACCUCAAUAUCCUAAUUUUGAGUGGCGACCUCCUCCAGCACCUCACCCAUUCACUAGCCUAGACACAAUUGCACCUGUAUUUGCUGAAAGCAUACAGAAAGUGACUGAAGCUAGUCUACGGUUAUGGCAAGAGACUGUCUGGAGUGUAAAGAAGUAUUUUUCUGGUACUGAACCAGUACCCAAAGGGGAAGAAGUGUUUACUGACUGGAUAGAGUACAUCCGCCCAUUGUUAGAGGAAUGGGAGGGAACUGAUAAAAUGAAGCAACGCAGACUAAUGGAGCUAGUAAGACCCCCUGCUUUGAUUUUCUUACAAGCCCAUAAGACUAAACAGCCUGAUUGUACUGUUCAAGAUUUAUUACAAGCUUUGAUAACUCGCUAUGAGAAAUAUGAGGAUCUUCAACAACGUCUUGCUAAGUUUCAAGCUAUGCGACAACUUAAAGGUGAGAGAGCAUCUGUCUUCAUUAGCAGAGUGUCUAACGAACUGAAUUACCUCAUAUUCAAAAAGAUAAUUUCUGCAACUCAGGAAGUGUCUCAACUUCACAGGCAAGUAAAGUGGGGAUCAGACCCCCAUCACCCUGUCAAUCUUGCUGUGCAAGCUUACAUGAGAUACAACCCAGAUGCUGUAACAGGGGAUCUCUUAAGAACUGCAGAGGAGGAAGAAGCCAGAAUAGACUUCUAUUAUGCAUCUUCUACCCAAGAUUCAGAUUUAAAUCAGAAAGAGAACCCUUCAAAAGCUCCAUCCCAGACUGCUCCACAGCCUGCAAAGAGCCAGCCAGCUGGAGCACCAUUAUUUCCUAAAUUCCAGAAAUUUUUCUGCGAGUAUUGUCGAAAACAAGGCCAUGACAUCACUAAAUGCCCUCGUAAGGUACAAGCUACUCCUGUGCAAAGCCAAGCUGGAGAAUGUAACUCAAUCAGACAUAAGAAACGGAAGCCUAACCACCCAAAACCACUUGUUGGGGUAGGGCGGAAGUGCAUCUUCCAUCUGACUGUGAAUGAUGUUCCGACUACUGCAUUAUUUGACACUGGAUCACAGAUAACCAUCAUUGGUCGUCCUUUCUACCAGAAACAUUUAUCCCACCUACCCUUGACUCCAGCUGAUGACAUAGAGGUAGUAGGUGUGGGUGCCAAAUCUGCUUGUAUGGAUGGAAAAGUGGAAGUUGAUCUCCGAAUUCCUGGGAUAACUUCUGAAGAUGAACCACCUCUCAAAGUGGUUGCUUAUAUUUGUCCUCCUGCUGCUCAUAGGACAUCUGCACCACUCAUCGUGGGAUCUAAUGUGAAAGCAGUUGAAGAUGCUUUUCUAAAGUUUCUGCAAUUACAAGGCACCACUGAUGUUUCUUCCUUCCCUGUGUCAGCAGCAGUAAAGAGACUGUGUCAAGCCUUUGUACCCGAAUUUUGUCAGGGCCCUGUGUACAGACUAAACGGGCCUGCUAUGGAAAUUCCAGCUGGGCAAGCACGACUGAUAAAGGUUACCAGAUCUCUGCCUAUGGAAUGUGACACCCAAAGCUAUUUUCUUCUGGAAACUCCACCUGAACAAGUGGCAAAGCAUGGUUGGGAACUAAUUCCAGAAAGAAAAGAUUGGCGAGAGGGGAUGCCCGAGUUUGAUUGGGUUGUUCUGCAAAAUCACAACCCUUGGCCUAUUACAGUAAACGAAUUUGAUGAAGUUGGAGUGUGUUACUCGGUUCAGGAAGUUACAUCUGAAUCAGAAGUAUGUUCUGCACAUAUUGAACCAAAAGAUGCACCUCUUAAUUUUGAUUUUGGGGACUCUCCCAUGCCGAAAGAAGCCAAAGAACUGCUAAUUAAGGAGCUGAACUUCAGAAAAGAUGUGUUCUCCACUGAUGACAUGGAUGUUGGAUGUGCCAAGAGUGCCUGUCAUACCAUUCGCUUAGCAGAUUCUAAACCUUUCAGGGAGAGAUCUAGGAAGCUGCCACCCCGAGACAUUGAAGAUGUGCGUACAUGUCUGAAGAAGAUGAAAGAUCAGAAUAUAAUCACAGAUUCCAGAAGUCCUUAUGCUUCCCCUAUUGUGGUGGUUCGGAAAAAGGAUGGAUCUGUUCGUCUGUGUGUCGACUACCGUACAUUAAAUCGGAGAACCAUACCUGACCAAUACACUUUGCCCAGGAUUGAAGAUUCCUUGGAAGCUUUAAGUGGCAGUAAGUGGUUUACAGUGAUGGAUCUUAGAUCUGGAUACUAUCAAGUACCCAUGUCCCCUGAGGAUCAAGAGAAAACUGCCUUCAUUUGUCCUCUGGGAUUUUACCAAUUUACCCGAAUGCCUCAAGGUAUUUGCGGGGCCCCCGCCACAUUCCAGAGACUUAUGGAAAAAGUAUUGGGAGAUCUAUGCCCCCGAGAGUGUCUUGUAUACCUUGAUGACAUCAUUGUGUUCGGAAGUACUCUAGAAGAGCACCAUGAAAGACUCAUUCGUGUGAUUGACAGACUUCAAGAAGAAGGUCUAAAGUUGUCUAUUGACAAAUGCAAAUUUGGCCGUACCUCAGUACACUAUGUGGGACAUAUUGUGUCUGCUGAAGGCGUAUCCACUGAUCCUGCUAAAAUAGAAGCAGUGGUGAAUUGGCCACAACCAAACAACCUCACAGAGCUUAGGUCAUUCCUAGGGUUUUGUGGCUAUUACAGAAGAUUUGUGGAGGGAUAUUCUAAGUUGGCAAAACCCUUACAUGCCUUACUGACCCUCACCUCAACUGAUGAAAAGGCUGCCAAAAGUUCCAAAUUACCCUUUGGGGAUAAGUGGACUGAUGCCUGUACUGAAGCCUUUGCUGCUUUGAAGAAAUGUCUCACAGAAGCUCCUGUGUUGGCUUAUGCAGAUCCUACAAAGCCCUAUAUCCUCCAUGUGGAUGCCAGCUAUGAUGGCUUGGGAGGAGUUCUUCAUCAAGAGUACCCCGGAGGAUUGCGUCCAGUGGCAUAUAUCAGCCGAAGUUUGACUCCAAGUGAGAAAAACUAUCCAGUGCACAAGUUAGAGUUUCUGGCACUUAAGUGGGCCAUUGUUGACAAACUUCAUGGAUACCUGUAUGGAGUACCAUUUGAAGUAAGAACUGAUAACAACCCUCUAACAUAUGUUCACACCACAGCCAAACUAGAUGCCACAGGCCACAGAUGGUUAGCAGCCUUAUCCAACUAUCAGUUCACACUUAAGUAUAAACCAGGUCCCAAGAAUGUAGAAGCCGAUGCCCUAUCUAGAAGACCUGGCCUACCUGCUACUUCUGAGAAUGAAGAGUGGAAAGAAAUUACACACUCAGGAGUAAAUGCCUUUUGCCUAGCUUCUGCUGUAAACAGAAGGAAACUCAACUUCUCAGACUUAAGAUUAGUGGAUUCACUGGGUGCCAGACCCAAUUGUGUUCCGGAUGCUUUCAGCUGCCCUGCAAUGCUAGGGAUUGAUCAGUUGCACCCUUUGAAGAAAAAGGAUUUGAUCAGAGCCCAGCAAGCUGACCCUAUCAUUGGACCCCUGAGGAAAGCUGUCCUGCAAAAAGACCAGGAGUACCUUAAGAAGUCUCUGCCUUCUGAUAGCACUAUCCUUUUGAGAGAAUGGGAGAAGUUUCAGAUAGACAAUGGACUCCUGUAUAGGGUACUACUAUACCAUGAUCAUCCUGAUCGACGUCAAUUAGUUCUUCCCAAGAGGUAUAGGCAGUUUGUGCUCAGAAAACUGCAUGACAAACAUGGCCAUUUAGGUAUCGAGAAAACCUAUGGCUUGAUUCAAGAUAGGUUCUACUGGCCUAAAAUGAGAGAAACUGUUACUGAUUAUUGCAGAAGAUGUCUGAGAUGUUUGCAAAGAAAGACAUUGCCCAUAAAAGCUGCACCUCUGGAGCACCUGAAAAGUUCAGGGCCCUUAGACCUUGUCUGCAUGGACUUUCUCUGCAUUGAUCCUGAUACUAAAGGUGUUGGAAACAUUCUGGUAGUCACUGAUCAUUAUACUCGCUAUGCUCAAGCAUUUCCUACCAAGGAUCAGAAAGCUGCCACUGUUGCUAAAGUCCUUUGGGAAAAGUUCUUUAUCCACUAUGGAUUUCCUGUCCGUCUGCACUCAGAUCAAGGACGUGAUUUUGAGAGUAAAUUGAUUAAAGAGCUUCUGCAGCUACUCAAUAUUAGCAAAAGCAGAACUACACCAUAUCAUCCUCAAGGAGAUGCACAACCAGAAAGAUUCAACCGCACCUUGCUAAAUAUGCUUGGUACACUUCCUGUUAAAGAAAAAAAAUUCUGGAGUCGCCAUGUUAGUACCAUGGUUCAUGCUUACAACUGCACUCGUCAUGAGACUACUGGAUAUUCUCCCUACUUCCUCAUGUUUGGCAGAGAAGCACGACUACCAAUAGAUCUUUACUUUGGAGUGUCAGUAGAUGGUAUGGACAGUAUCAAUCACUCUCAGUAUGUUGCUAAAUUAAAGGAAGACUUGUCUAGAGCCUAUCGCCUUGCUGAGGAUAAUGCUUCCAAAACUAAUCAAGGCAACAAGAGAAGAUAUGAUGCCAAAGUACGCCACAAUGAACUUGUUCCUGGAGAUAGAGUGUUACUGAGAAACCUAGGAAACCAGGCUCAGCAUAAACUAGCUGAUCGUUGGCGUACAGACUUUUAUGUUAUAGUUGAUAAACUGCCUGGUAUCCCUGUCUACCGCAUCAAAGGUCCAAGGGGGUAUCUAAAAGCCUGGCACAGAAAUCAUCUCUUACCCAUACCUCAGGUAUCUGACUCAGAGACUGAAAAUCAAACAGACUCUACUGUUAGUGAUGAUCCCUCUGAUGCUGAGAAUUCACAAAAUGACUUUGAUGUUUCAGUAGAUUCACCUGCAGCAAUUCAUGCCGAUGAUGAUGAACAGCCAACAGUUGCACCUACUAACUCACAUGAUGACCAACCUCCAUCUGCAAGGACUUUGAGCCCAGACACCCCAGACUUUGUUCCUGCUACCCAUUCUGGACUGAAUCAAACUCAAAAUUCAGUAAACCCAGCCUCAGGACUGCCUGCUAGGGAUGUGCGGAGGGGAGGAAGGAUAAGGAGGCCUCCUAGUGCCCUCACCUAUGAUUCUCUAGGAGUACCUAGCUAUACUUCUCAACCUUUUGUUGGAUAUGCUGUACCUUAUCAAAAUGCUUUGAAUGUGCCUUGUGUUACUGAUGUUCAAUCUUUGCUAAGAGAAAUGCACCAAAUGAUGAGUAGAUUAUCUUCUAUGAUGUCUGUUGCAUACUACUAAUUUAAUUUCUCUUACAGCAACCAUUGUGACUUGAUAGAUCUCAG